CACAAGCACUGUGGAGGUGUAAUCACACAAGGGAGACGCUCUCUGCAAGACCUGAGAAAAAGAAGUUGACGCUGCUGUCUGGCACAACGCACAUAUUUUUCUCUAAAAGUCAAGAUGCCAGAAACAGCUGAGGCUGUGUCAGCCACUCUCACCACCAACAGAAACUGCACUAUAGAAAUAACCAAUGUCAGCGGUAGCUACUGCCUCAUUAACCCCAAGGUGUACAUGAAAAGUGGCUUCUGUCAACACCCGCCCCAGCCCACGAUUCGUACCACCAAGACAGAAGUGUGCUCCUUCACCAAGGAUGACAACACUGCCACGGGUGCCGUCGGCAUUCUAACCUACGAUUUGUUCCAUAUGCAGAGCCGGGUUUGCUCCGAGCGCAUGGCUAUCAUGUUCUCUGUGCCUUUUGACCACAACCUGUAUAAGAACCAGCUGGCCAUGGGUGUGUUUGAGCAAUCCCGUGCUUGUGACAAACAGCUGUAUGACCGGAUGUAUGAUGGGAAGGAUCUCAGCAACUUCACCCGCUCUGAGGCAAAUGGCUGUGGGCUGGAGUACAAGGCAACAUAUGUUGACCUGAGGGCCACAAUGUCUACUGUUGGAAAAGCCAUGGUUAAAGUGGAGCUCUAUGAUAAAAUGGGUCAUUAGUGUGCAGUCUACUGGUGUUCUGCUUUUCUGUGUUUUCUUGUUUUUCUAGUCGCAGAAAAAUAAACUUCAUUUGAUUUGACGACUCUUGUCAUCCUAAAAAAAAACAUUUAGGAGAAGAGGAAGACUGAUUUUGCUGUCAUCUGUAUUUUGUGUCUGCUGAAAGAUAUCAAUAUCUGACAGCCACCUCAUUGAUUCUCCAUUAGCUUAGCUCUUGGGCUCAUGUACACUGAAUACUCUAUUUUCGUUUAUUAUGGUAAUAAAGCAUUCAGACCCAAUGCUUGUGC